AUGCCUUUCCCAGCUUCAGCCAAGAAGCAGCCGCUGACGUUGGCUCAAAUAUCGGCUUACGACGACAUACUCACAGAUGCGCUCGUGGAUCACGCUUACUACUGGACGACGAUCCCCAAGAAUCGAACCACGUACCACCCCUCCAGAGGAGUGAAAGAGGAGGAGGUCACCAAGAUCAUUCAGGCGCAUCUCAUCGUCGACCCGGACCUGGAAGUGGCCGAGUCCAAGUUGCUUGGUCUGGAUGGAAUGCGCCGUUUCUACAAUGGGCUCAAGACACCCAAGGAGAAGGACGACUUCCGCCGACACCUGCGUCGCUACAUGCAGAUCUACCUCCCCGACUGCCCCUUCGAAGUGAGCACGACGAACCGGUACACCAUCAACACCCACGAAGCUGCCGUGACUGCGCGCCGCUUCGUCAAAAAGGGGGGAUCGGUGAAAUACCUGUCGGGCAUCCAGGUCUUGAUAACCCCUAAGGAGGAGAAUGAGAUCUCGGAGCGCAAGAAAGACUUCAGCAUUGUGGUCAGCUCGCGCAACAAGUGUGCAAGCCUGUUCAUGGGUCCUGCGCGAUUCGCAAAUCACGACUGCGGUGCCAAUGCCCGGCUCGUUAUCACCAGCCAGUCAGGCAUCGAGAUAUUUGCGACACGGGACAUCGAAGUCGGAGAUGAGAUCACUGUCACCUACGGCGAGAACUACUUUGGCGAAGACAAUUGUGAGUGUUUGUGCCAAACAUGCGAGGUCAAUCUGGCCAACGGGUGGGAACAACCCGAUGGCACUGUGCCCGUCAAGCAGAGCAUUGAGCAGGUGAACGAAGAGGGAUAUUCGCUCCGUCGCAGACGUCGCGACGACAGCUUGGCCCGUUCCUCGAGGACGCCCUCUGUGACUCCUGAUAUUCGGCCGCGGGUUCCCAAGUCCAGGUCGAAGACGCUGAUGAUGAGUUCGGGCCGGGCGUCUAUGACCAGUUCUCCUACGCCCGAGACGCUGCUACGUCAGAAGCGGAAACGCGAGUUUGACUUACUGAGUUCACCGCCCGCCACGCCGCACAAGAAGAUGAAGACUCUUCAUAGCGACGAGUUGGCCGUUUCGACCGCAUCGGCUUCUGCUUCCGAUUCGGAUAGUGCCGAGACCCUUCUCACCGGAGUUACGACCCCCGAGGAAGAUGUCAAGGAGGCAGAAGCGACGAAGCCUGUGCUCAAGCUGGAGGACUUGGAGACGUCUUCGCUAUCCGACGUCGCAAUGGCCCCGUUCCCAGCAAUUGCUCCGUCACCAAUGGCCCGAGAUGUGACCGCGAAUGAAACAUUGUCCACAAUCGAGGCAGUCGCACCUGCGCCUGCGACUGGCAUUCCGGUCAUUUUCACUUCGACUCCUCCCGACGACAGUGAGAAGGCUGUCGAAUCAGCUGACCUCAUUGUCAUACCUCCUCCGCUGACACCCGCUUCCAAGACGAUAGAGCAGAGUCUACCAACCCCAACUACAGACCAUGCGCCGCUGGCGGAGGAGGAAGAAGAAGCGCCCAAGCGGGGUCGAGGCCGGCCACGCGGCAGCGGAAAGUCGAAAUGCAAGUCGAAAGAAGCGACAGUGACGACUCCCUCGAAAGCGCCAGUCAAGCCCCGAGCUUCUACCCCCACGCGCACCGAAAGCGUCGACGAAUCCACGUCGCCCAUUACGGCGAAGCCUAGUCGUAUCCGCAUCCCGGGCGAUUACUCGCUGACGCCUGUCCUUCUCUCGGAGCCGGAGGCCGCUUGGGUGCGCUGCACAAACUGCACCGACCCCUUUGUGCAAAGGGAUGCAUACUACACGCGCAGCUCCUGCCCCCGCUGCGAGCGCCACUCCAAGCUCUACGGAUUUCAAUGGCCCAAAACAGAACGCGAGGGCAAGCACGACAAAGAAGAGCGGAUUUUGGAUCACCGCAUGGUCCACCGGUUCCUCGAUCGGGCGCAUGAGGCGAAAAUCAGGGGUAAGAAGAGUGGCAGUUCCAUGGCGGAAACGCCUGCCGCGGAAGUCACGGGUAAUAUAAGGAAGCAGGGGGAGAUGCGGGGAGCUGACGACGAAGACGAGCUGUCGAAGGUUAGGCGGAGUGGCAGGAGAAGACACCCCAGCCUCAAGGCCGCUGCCCUGUAG